CAAUAUACACAACAAACCGGCACCGGCACCGAGACACAGACACACACGCACAGAAAGACGGGUCACCUCACCUCUUUUUUUCUUUCUUAUUUUUCUUUUUUUAAUCGCUGUAAUGCAACAACGCCGGUAGUCGAAGUUGUGUGUGUCUCUCUCUGCGUGUGUGAGGACUAAUUCACCGAUCACAACCGGGGAACCAUGGCCAGGCGAGACUUCCCUGCCAGGGACCCGGGGGAGGAGAGGUAGAGAAGGCCAGCCAGCAAAUUAAGGCAGUCGGCGGGGAUGGGAGAUGAUGGAGGACAAAGGCCCUCGUGUAGCCGACUACUUUGUGAUGGCCGGUCUGACGGACCCGUCCAAGCCGCUGGACCAGGAGAUCCACUUUGACGAUGUCUGCCAACAAGACGGCCAAAACCCAAGGGCGCCCAUCACCGACGUGGCGCUGGUGAUCCGCUCGUUGGGCGAGGAGGUGCCGCCGGGGUUCACCUGCAUAGAGACGACGCCAAGCGGCCAUUCGGCUGAUCUUAACAAUGGCGGCCUCAUGGCGCCGCAGAUCUUCCUGUGCUACAGGCGAGGUCGCGACAAGCCGCCACUGACUGACCUGGGCGUGCUGUACGAGUGGAAGGAGCGACUGAAGCAGGGCUGCCACAUAAUCCAGACCACACCCUGCGGCCGCCCGGCUAACGUCAGCGGCAAUUCCUCCCAGCGCAUCUACGUCACCUAUCGCCGGGCGCCUGAGAGCCAGCCGCACGCCGCCCUGGCCGUCACCGACAUCUGCAUCAUUAUCCCGAGCAAGGGAGAGACGCCUCCGCACACUUUCUGCAAGGUGGAGAAGAAUCUCAACAGCAGCAUGUGGGGUUCCUCUGUCUACUUGUGUUAUAAGAAGUCUGUGGCCAAAACCAACACAAUAGCCUACAAAGCAGGUUUAUUCAGUAGAUAUCCAGAGGAGGACUAUGAGUCAUUCCCGCUGCCAGAGUCUGUUCCUCUCUUCUGCCUUCCCAUGGGAGCCACGAUCGAGUGCUGGCCAGCUAACACCAAAUACUCCCUCCCUGUUUUCUCUACCUUCGUCCUGACCGGAGCCUCCGGAGAGAAGGUGUACGGUGCCGCCAUUCAGUUCUACGAGCCCUUCCCACCGGAGUGUCUGACCGAUCAGCAGCGCUCCCAGCUGGGUCUCCUAAACCCAGAUCCCCACAAAGCCUCCCCCUCCUCUUCCUCAUCCUCCUCCUCUUUAUCCUCCUCUUCCUCCUCCAACACUACAUCUGCUGCCACCAGCGGCAACACCACCACCACCACCCCUCGCUCUGUCCACACCAACAAGUGUAUCUGCCUGCUGUCCCACUGGCCCUUCUUCGAUGCUUUCCGCAAGUUCCUCACAUUCCUCUAUCGCUACUCCAUCUCCGGCCCUCACGCGCUGCCCAUCGAGAAGCACAUCUCUCAUUUUAUGCACAAAGUUCCCUUCCCUUCCUCUCAGAGGCCUCGCAUCCUGGUGCAGCUUUCCCCUCAUGACAGCCUGAUGUUGAGCCAGCCAGUGUCUUCUCCUUUACCGCUCAGCGGCGGUCGGUUUUCCACGCUGCUCCAGAACCUCGGACCAGAGAACGCCGUCACCCUGCUGGUGUUCGCUGUCACUGAACAUAAGAUCCUGGUUCACUCGUUACGACCCGCCGUGCUCACCAGCGUCACUGAAGCUUUGGUGUCUAUGAUCUUUCCUUUCCACUGGCCGUGCCCGUAUAUCCCUCUGUGCCCCUUAGCGCUGGCUGAUGUGUUGAGCGCCCCCUGCCCGUUCAUCGUUGGAGUGGACUCUCGAUACUUUGACCUUUACGACCCCCCUCCAGAUGUGAGCUGCGUGGACCUGGACACAAACACCAUCUUCCAUAAUGAAGAUAAGCGAGCCCUCACAUGGAAGAUCCUGCCAAAGAAAGCCUGUAAAAACCUAAUGAAUGUGCUGAGCAAUCUGUACCAGCAGCUGAUUGACGGUCAGCACCGGCCCGAUGGACUGCUGGAGCUGAGCAUGAGCGAGUCAUCUGAGCUGAGCUGCGGGAAAAGCCUCCACGCGGUGGAGCUGGAGAUCCAGGAAGCCUUCCUGCGCUUCAUGGCGGCCAUUUUGAAGGGUUACCGCUCUUUCUUGCGACCUAUCACGCAGGCUCCUUCUGAGAAAGCCACGGACGCUAGCUCGCUUUUUGACUUGCAAGGUUUCUUGAAGAGCCGCGACCGCUCGCACCAGAAGUUUUACUCCCUGAUGACAAAAACCCAGAUGUUCAUCCGCUUUAUCGAGGAGUGCUCUUUCGUCAGUGACAAAGACGCCAGCUUGGCCUUCUUCGACGACUGCGUGGACAAACUCUACAGCUCAGAGCGGAGUGCAGAUAAAGGAAGCAAGGUCGACGGUGACAGGCCAGAGGAGACCAGACUGAUAGAGAUUGAUGAAUCCCAGCGUAGCGAGCACACAGUCUUCAUCACACCUCCGGAGCUGUCUCCUCUGCCUGAGGGGGAGGAACAUCCACUCUGCUACAGGUAUGACGGCUUCCCUGUGUUAAGUCUCGACCUGUUUGACCCUGUCGAGGGCCUGCGGACCCCCUCCUCACGACUCACUGCUCGGCACAGCUGUCCCACCAGCCCCGCUCCCAUGUUUAGACGCACCAAGCAGGAAAUCAAAUCGGCCCAGAAGAUAGCCAAGAAGUACUCGUCCAUCCCCCAGAUGUGGUCCAAGUGCCUGCUCCGUCACUGCUACGGCCUGUGGUUCAUCUGCCUGCCAGCGUACGUGAAGGUGUGCCACUCCAAGGUGCGGGCGCUUCGCACCGCUUACGACGUCCUGCGGAAGAUGCAGGCUAAGAAACUGCAGCCACCAGACGAGGUCUGCUACCGGGUGCUGAUGCAGCUGUGCGGACAGUACGGCCAGCCCGUCCUGGCAGUCAGAGUCCUCUUUGAGAUGAAGAAAGCUGGAGUCCACCCCAACGCCAUCACUUAUGGUUACUACAACAAGGCGGUGUUGGAGAGCACGUGGCCCUCCAGCACCAGAGGAGGUUACUUCCUGUGGAUGAAGCUGAGGAACGUCGUCCUGGGUGUGGCUCAGUUCAAACAGGGGCUACGGAAACACGCCCCCCUGACUCAGAGCCCGCUGUCAGAUGGCAGCGACCUGGACGCUGUGAGUCACGGCAGCCUGGAUAGCGCUGCCGACACUAACCUGGCCGAGCAGGGCCCCUUCCCCACUGACUCCGUCAAAGUAGACCCCACUGAUGAUAGAUCUAGCACAGGAGAUCAGUCAGAUCUGGGUUACAACUCGCUGUCCAAAGAGGAGGUUCGCAGAGGAGACGCCGGCGCCCAGGACUCGGCCCCUGACAAAGAUGACAAGAAGGAGAGCGACUGCAGCUCUUUGUCAGAGUCAGAGAGCGCCAAGGGAAGUAAAGACUGCCUCCCUCAAUUGGACGUGGAGGUCCAGUCUUCCUUCAAACCUCGUGGGAUCGUUCGGAGCAGCUGUCCGUAUGACGAUUCGUCCUGUAAACCCAAGAGCUCCGUCAGCACAGGUCACGUUGCAGGUCUCCUCUUCACUUCCUCCCUUGAUGAGAUUGGCGAGGUCCAGACCAACAGUUUGCUCAGGAGACACAAGAGCGCUCUGGAGGAUGUGGUGGGCAGCGCCAGCAGCGGCUCUGCUCUCGACUGGCAGGGCGUGAGGGGCCGUCGUCUGAGCGGCGACACGGUGGGCAGCGGCGGCAGCGGCACCACCGUCCUCGGCUUGGGUAUGAGCCAAGGUGAGACCGACCCCGAUAAGAUUGCGGGACACCUUGGCGCAGAUGCAAAAAUUCUCUCCGGUGCCAAUUUCAGUAAGAGCAAGAGGCCUCGUUCACUGGCUCUGGGCGGCUUGGAGGAGGUGACUCCUAAGGUCGAUGCUGCCAGAAGUCAUGGACACAGGGAGGAAGAAGAGGAGACAGAAGGACAGGACUCCAGUGAUGAGGACAGAAGUAAUACAGAGGCCAUUUUUGAUUUGGAGGACUUGGAUUUGGACAAGCCUGCCCAAGAGGCUAGAAUCAGCUCUCACAACACCAGCAAACCUCAUAAGAAACUUGUUGAACGCAGCAUUAGCGACUGCGGAGUGGCGUCCAGAGGAGCUGUGAAGCGCACAGGCAUCGAGACGGGCUACGACCCCCUGUCCCUGCUGGCGGCCGAGUCCCAGUCCGAGCAGCAACAAGAGGAUGAAUACCCAGAUGGGGAUGAGGCCAGUACGCCAAGCGCCCGUAGGAACCUGGCCAGAGAGAUCGAGCUCUACAUGAACCACAUGGGAAGCCCGCUGAGAAGCCGCACACCCAGCCUGGACCUGCAAGACCCAGCCAGCCCCCUCCUCCUCCACCCUGCCUCAGUCGCAGCCCCCCGCAGAGCUAGCUUACCCUACAGCUCCCCACUCAGGACUGCCGGAGUGCCGCGUUCCCGCACCUACCACCCGCCAUCGCCCUCCCAACCCAUCUCACGCCAACGUUUGUGGUCGUCGCCGCCCCGUCGCAGCUCCAGCACCACUCCGAGCCCCAGCCCCCGACCCAGCCCCUACAGGGAGAGGUCAGACCGGAUGAGCCUGUCGUCGCAGUCACCGUCCUCGUCUUCUUUCGCUCUGGACACGCUGCUCACGCCGACGCUGGAUGUUUUCAAAACCAGCAUGGUGUCCGCUGGGAAGGGCGUGGCAGAGAAGGCGAGCCGCUGGUAUUCCCGCCUGGCUACGUACACCACACCUACUAAGGACGGUCACUGUGACCGCCUCAGCGUGUCCUCCUUCGGUAUUGAUCCAGACUGCUCCUCCUUACUAGACGAUGAGGACUGCAGGGACUCAAAGAGCUCUAUGGUGUCUCCACAGAAGAACGGCCAUGUUGGCUCCUUCGGGCCCCGCAGGAGCCCCAGACGCAGUCCGCUCCACAACAGACUGGAAAGCCCCACCGCUGGCUCCAGUUUGGGAAGACCGACAUCUCUGCUCCCUGGUUGCAUCCUCUCUCCUCCUGGUUUCCCUCUGCCAGAUAAGUCAGACCUCGGCUCUUCACGCUACACCAGCAACACCAGCAUCUUCAACAACUUCGCCAUGGAGCUGCUGAUCUCCAGCUGUUCUCGCUGUAAGACGUGCGACUGCCUGGUUUACGACGAGGAGAUCAUGGCCGGCUGGACGGCAGACGACUCCAACCUGAACACCACCUGCCCCUUCUGUGGAAACCCCUUCCUGCCCUUCCUCAACGUGGAGAUCAGAGACAUGCGAGGACCCGGCAGGUUGUUCCUGAAGGGCAGCCCGUCGGUGGACGAGGCGAUGACAUCAUCGUACUCUGCAUCCACAGGAUUGGACACAGGGACGUCCACCUUGUCCACUCCGUGUCCCACCACAGCUGUGUCCCCUCCCUCACCUGUGAUCACUGUCCCGGAGGGUUCAGGAGGAAACAGGCCUCAGUCAACCAGGGCUCAGGGUAUCGACAUCCCCACAGAGCGACGGCAGGGGUCACAGUGCCCCGGAGCUCCAAUGGCCCGCAGUGUCAGCGCCUUCGGGCCUCUGGGCGAAACGUCCCAGCACAGCCGCUGUGUGCCGACCUCAGGCAGUCUGCCCAGCCGCCUCAACGAAACCACUGAUCCGCUGAGUAUGGACUGGCGGCUCCACAACCCCGAGCCGGUGACGGUUCCCUACCUGAGCCCGCUGGUUCUUUGGAAGGAGCUGGAGAGCCUGCUGGAGAACGAGGGCGACCCGGUGAUCACGGAGGCCGACAUGGUGGACCAUCAUCCCAUCAUCUACUGGAACCUGGUCUGGUACUUCAGACGUCUGGAUCUGCCUAGCAACCUGCCGGGUCUCAUCCUCACCUCCGAGCACUGCAACAGAGAAUCCCAGGUUCCUCGUCACUGGAUGUCAGAGGACAGUAAACACGUGUUGAUCCAGAUCCUGUGGGACAACCUGAAACUGCACCAGGACCCGCUGCAGCCUCUCUACAUCCUCUGGAACACAUACAAUGUGGGUUACCCUCUGUCCCGGCGGAUCCCCGAGGAGGAGAAGCCGUUCACUGAGGAGCUGCUGCAGAGCGUGGUGAAGAGCAUCCAGAGGAACGACGUCAGCAGACCGAUGGCACAGCUGCUGCAGCUGCUGGGCCAGACACUCGGGGUCAAAAGGCAAAGGAGUUUGUACAGAGACAUCCUCUUCCUCUCCCUGGUGGCUCUGGGAAAAGAUAACAUUGAUAUCGACGCCUUCGAUCGUGAGUACAAGCUGGCGUACGACCGCCUGACGCCCAACCUGGUGAAGCUGACCCACAACUGUGACCGUCCUCCCAGCACGGGGGUCAUGGAGUGUCGCAGGACGUUCGGAGAGCCUUACCUGUAAAAAAAAAAAAAAAAACCCAACAAAAAUCACUACUUCACACACACACACACAUCCCAAAAAACACACACACACACCACCCGAGUCAUUGCUUUAAAAGACGAGCUCAGGAAAAACCUCUAUGGAAGACUGUGAAUGUGCACUGUGGUAAUGUUUCAUUUAAAAAGGGCAGAGCGGACAGCCGUCAGCGUUAUGUAGCCUGACUAUGAAAAUUUAAAAAAAAAACAAAAAGAAGAAGAAAAAGACUGAUUUUAUCUGAACUAACGAUGGAAACACGACUCACAGCGUUCAUAAAACCCACUUCAUGCAGCGCUGUCUUUGUACAUACA